CCUCAACAGUAUAUUUAUAUGAAGAAUUAUUGAUGAUAGUACAUAGUAGUUGUAAAUAUGUUUCGUGCAAUUUGCUACUGUUUCUUCUUAUUAUCUACUGGUCUAGUCAAUGGCGAGAUCAAAAACAAAGGAUGGUGGAGGAACGCUGUAUUUUAUCAAAUCUAUCCACGGAGUUUCAUGGAUUCUAAUGACGAUGGAGUCGGUGAUCUAAAAGGUAUUUCAUCGAAAUUGGAACAUUUCGUCGACGCUGGAGUUCGAGGAAUAUGGAUUUCACCUAUUUAUGCGAGUCCAAUGGUAGAUUUUGGUUACGACAUAUCAGAUUUCAAAGCCAUACAUCCAGAGUUUGGUACCAUGGAGGAUUUCGACACAUUGGUGGCGCAAUCGAAACGACAUGGAUUAAAAGUAAUUCUCGAUCUCGUACCAAAUCAUACAUCCGACAAACACGAAUGGUUCCAAAAGUACCUCGCCGGGGAGAAAAAAUAUAAGGAUUAUUAUAUUUGGAGAAAGGGCCGAAAGGAUGAUGGGAUGACACCACCGAACAAUUGGAUCAGCUUGUUCAGUGGUCCUGCAUGGACGUACAAUGCAACCUUGAAGGAAUGGUAUUUCCAUCAAUUCGAGUACAGGCAACCAGACUUGAAUUAUAGUAACCCAGAAGUGCGAGCUGAGAUGGAAGACGUCAUUCGAUUUUGGCUACGUAAAGGUAUAGACGGUUUUCGUAUAGAUGCCGUUCCACAUCUCUAUGAGAGGGAUGAUCUCCGUGAUGAACCCAGAAGUUCGGAUCCAAGCGCUACCGAUCGUGAUUACACUUACUUGGACCAUAUUUACACUAAAGAUGAUCCUCGAACCUACGAACUUGUAAAAAGCUGGAGAAAGGUUCUUGAUGAUUAUUCCGAUGCCAAUAACGAGGAUGAGAAGGUGAUGAUGACCGAAGCUUAUACUUCUCUAGAAAAUACUACGAAAUAUUAUGAUUAUGGUUCUCACAUACCAUUCAAUUUCAAACUAAUUACCGACGUGAAUCACAAGUCGAACGCGUCUGAUUUUAAAAAAAUUAUCGAAGCAUGGAUGGCUCACACUCCAAGCACUGCAAGUGCUAAUUGGGUGUUAGGAAAUCACGAUCGAAGUCGUAUGGUGUCACGUUAUCCAAGAAGGGCUUUGCAAAUGACUAUGCUAUUAAUGGUCUUGCCUGGCGUUGCUGUAACUUAUUACGGAGAAGAAAUUGGAAUGUAUGACAAGAGUGACAUUUCUUGGGAAGAUACGCAAGAUCCGCAAGGUUGUAAUGCUGGAAAGGAUAAGUAUCGAAGUCGAUCUCGCGAUCCAUAUCGUACACCUUUCCAAUGGGACAAUAGUAAAAAUGCGGGAUUCAGCAAAGGUAAUCGAACGUGGCUUCCGGUACAUCAAAAUUACAAAGUAUUAAAUUUGCAAGGUCAAAAAGUUCCCACACGAGUAUCACUUUAUAACUCAUAUCGAUCUUUGAUUCAAUUGCGAAAAUCGUCCCGCGCUCUUCAGGAAGGAACAUUGAAAAUAAAAGUGGUGAAACUCAAAACGGAUUAUUGUUACAAUUGUGAAAUAUUAGUUGUCAGCCGAGAAGUUCCCGGAGAGACAGUGACUCUAUUUAUGAGCUUCUCUCCAGUUUUAAAUCUUCUCAUAAACUUGAAAGAACACAUGACACUCUAUGAUUAUACAUACGUCGAAGUGGAUGCUUUUCGUCUAAAGAGAUAUAAACCGUUAAUAUUGUAUGUAAAUCUUCCUCCUUGGGAUGGAGUAGUCGUAUUAUCUAGCAAUGUUCCAUAAUUGAAAAAUUAUGAUAGCAUUUGGAAAUAUAAUAGAUUUUCCAUA